AGAAGACCCAGUCACCCAUGCCAUGUGCACUAAUGCACCCCCAAACCAUCAGGGAUGCUGACUUGUGUACUGUCCACUGAUAACAAUUGUCACCCUAUUUGUCUGUGCAGUCUUUCACAGAGUGGUGAACCCCUCCCCAUCAACACUUUGAAAAGUUAGCAGCACCCACAGAAGUGUGUAAAAUGUAAACGCACAAGAUGUAUGAUAUUGUGUAGAUCAAUAUGCCUUCUCUGCAAUUGUAACCUUAAUUUUGAUGUCAAAUCAGCAAGUCUUUUGAUUGGCUCACAAGAGGCACAACAGGAGAUCAAGAUAAAGUGGAGAAAAUAUAUCUGAUCUUUACAACAACGGAUGAGGAGUUCUUACCUCAAAGUGGUCCUCAGCGAAGAUGAGACCAGCAGGACAGCAGAUCUCUGGGAGGUUAAAUAUGUAUUUUGUUGUUGAGUUCCCAGAGGAAAACAACUUCACAGCUGUUGUCCCCCAGACCUGGUGCACAGGCAAAACCUGCUACUGGCCUCCCUACCCAAACACAGAUAGAAUUAGAAAGGCAUCAAUAAAUCAGGAGACACCUGACCUGUGUACCUGGACUAACCAUCCCAUCAUCAUAAAGAAAAGAAAAGAUAACUAUACAAAAGCCCAUGCCUUUUACAUUCGGGCAAAAAAAGGUGAAAGCCUGGACACUGAGCCGGAGGAUGGGGAUAAGAAGCGACAGAGAAAGAAGAAUUUGAAAUAUCACUUGGAUUGCGAUGAUGAGGAAGAAGAGGUUGGGCGGUUUCCCUGUGCACCGAAACCACCAAGAUUUGAUGGCCCCCCAAAAAAGAAAUCAAAACAACUUCCUUCUGCCCAACCCCUGGGCUUGAACUUUAAAAAAGCCACUGACCAAUCUGAAGAUUCAGUCCAGUUCCAUGCCCCUCCAACCCCCAUGACCACUUCAGGUCACCAAUCUGGAGGAGGAUAUAGGUUCUCCACAGACCCGACAUCUCAGGGCAAGUACAGUGCAAAUUCAAGUCAAAAUGGCAAUGGUUUCCUCCUCCAACACAUAGUAAACCCUUUUUCUUUCAUUAAAACAGAUUCAGUCCAGUUCCAUGCCCCUCCAACCCCCAUGACCACUUCAGGUCACCAUUCUGGAGGAGGAUAUAGGUUCUCCACAGACCCGACAUCUCAGGCCAAGUACAGUGCAAAUUCAAGUCAAAAUGGCAAUGGUUUCCUCCUCCAACACAUAGUAAACCCUUUUUCUUUCAUUGAAACAGAUUCAGUCCAGUUCCAUGCCCCUCCAACCCCCAUGACCACUUCAGGUCACCAAUCUGGAGCAGGCUAUGGAUGCUCAUCAUUGGGGCCUGCUUUUCAGCAUCCUGAAAACUUCUACAGAUUAAUACUGCAGCAUCUGAGGGAGUUGGCCGAAGAACUGAGGGAUGUGAAACAGCAGGUUUCUUUAAACACAGCCAUAUUACAGAGCCUGACAGCUGGAACCAACGUGGACAUGUCCAUCCCACCAGACGUCAUCCUUCCUCUGGAGGAUAGAAGCAUGCUGGAGGACAUUGAGAGAGAGCUUGGACAAAAUCUGGAAUUAACAGAGAAAUUGGUUGCUUACUUAGCCUCAAGAGGAGGCAGGAACCUAAAGGACUCCGUAAAAAGAAUAUUUCAGAGCCUUUUCACUAACAACCUCGCCAUGGGGAUGAACUGGACAGGGUCGGGACAGAAGGUGUCCUUCAACAGCCUCCACCUGAAGAGAGUCAUCCACAGAGCGGUAAGGAAGAACCCUGCAACAGGGGAGACAACCGAAGAGGCUCUCCAGAAAGAAGUGAGCCGAUUCCUAAAGGGGGCAUCAGACCGAGAGGGGGGAAGAAGACAGCGCCAGAGGCAGGGGGAGCCCAGAGCAGAAAAUUGAAAAGUUACAAUAAACAAUAAAAAAAAAAAUAUUUCACUUUGAAAAAUUGUUUGACUUUUUUCUUAGAACUUUAUUACAUUUUUAAUUAAAAAAUUUACUCAAAUGUGCUUUGUAUUAUAUUUGAAGGUAAUUUUUUACCAAUUUUCAAAAUUAGUUUCAAAAUUAAGUUAUUAUUUUAUUUAUGAAAAUUAGAAUAAGCCUAGGCCUGAAGGUCUAAGAUAUUGCCUAUAUGCAGCUGGUGGACCGACUGGAACAACAGCGGGAGUCCGUCGGACUACCAGCGGACCACUGUCUAAAACGCUGCUCACCCG